GUCUGAGCUGCACAUAUUAUCCGCGUUUCGUGGUGUGCCAUGAGAAACGGUUACCUUCACCUAUCCAAAACCAGCAGCUCUGACUUCAUCUCCGCGUCUUUCUUAUUUUAAAAACCUUUAUCUCUCGUGCAGCUUCGCGGAGUCGUAUUCCACCCCUCUUUUCCUCCUCGAAGAAAUACAGAAGGAAUAGGAAAACCAAGUCAGCGAGAUGUACCGCACAGCACCGCAGAUUGUGUUUCAGGUUGUCGGCGGGUUCAGCGUGGCCCAGUACGCCUACCCAGUUCUCUACGACUCCUACAAGCACCCCCAAACGACCACCACCACCACCUCCACCGCCAACGCGAGCGGCGUCCCUUCCGUGAGCUCCGUGUCGGGGAUGUGGGGGAAGAUGCGGUGGGAUGUGCGCAUGGGUGGGUCCGCCUCACCUCGCACCUUAUCGGAAGAUGUGGAGUCCCUGUUGACGUCGUACCGCGCUGUGUCCGCGGCGCUGCUCACCUUUGUUGUUGUCUCGGGUGGUGCGCCCGCGCUGAUCGGGGCAGGUAUUAGCAUCUACUGCGACGGCGGCCCUGCAGGCACGGCGCGGUAUGAAAAGCUGAAGCAGAAGUGGCGCGAGUUCAACAAGUGA